CUUCUACACAUUCAACCGCCUCACCGUUGUACAUCAGUCUCAGCUCGCUUAUAAAAUUACUUCUAUUAGUUGUGUUUUCUUUUCUUCUCUGCCAACAAAAUGCCUCUAAAGUUUGAGCUGUGUCCCGGCAGAAUGAUCGGAGGAAACCAUCCGUGUUUCAUCAUUGCUGAAAUCGGACAAAACCACCAGGGAGACAUUGAGAUUGCCAAGAAAAUGAUCAAAAUGGCAAAGGACUGCGGUGCCGAUUGUGCCAAGUUCCAGAAGAGUGAAUUAGAAUUCAAAUUUAACAAGCGUGCCUUAGAGCGCCCUUACACAUCCAAACAUUCCUGGGGGAAAACUUACGGUGAACACAAGCGCCAUCUGGAGUUAAGCCACGAGCAAUACAGGGAACUGAAGAAAUAUGCAGAGGAGGUGGGGAUCUUCUUCACCGCUUCAGGGAUGGAUGAGAUGGCAGUGGAGUUUCUCCAUGAGCUCAAUGUGCCUUUCUUCAAAGUGGGCUCUGGAGACACCAACAACUUCCCAUAUCUGGAGAAGACUGCCAAGAAAGGUCGUCCCAUGGUGGUGUCCAGUGGGAUGCAGUCUAUGGAGACAAUGCGUCGGGUCUACAAGACGGUGAAAGAGCACAACCAAAACUUUGCCAUCCUGCAGUGCACCAGUGCCUAUCCUUUGGAGGCAGAAGAUGUCAACCUCAGAGUGAUCACAGAAUACCAGAAGGAAUUUCCAGAUAUCCCCAUUGGGUAUUCUGGCCAUGAGUCUGGAGUUAGUAUUUCAGUGGCAGCCGUAGCUCUCGGGGCAAAGAUCAUUGAGCGUCACAUAACUUUGGACAAGACGUGGAAAGGAAAUGACCAUGAAGCCUCACUGGUGCCCUCUGAGCUGUCGGAGCUGGUACGUUCCAUCCGCUUGGUGGAGAGGGCGCUGGGCAGUGGCAUUAAGCAGAUGUUACCCUGCGAGCGGCCAUGCCAUGAUAAGCUGGGUAAGACAGUGGUGGCCAAAGUGAAGAUCCCCAAAGGAACAGUCCUGACUCUGGACAUGAUGACGGUGAAGGUGGCCGAGCCCAUGGGUGUUGCAGCCGAGGACAUCUUCCAGCUGAUAGGCAAAUCUGUGACUGAGGACGUGGAGGAGGACGAGAGCAUCGCGCCGGAUGUGGUGGAAAGCUACGGCAAGAAGGUUAAGUGCUGAGGAUGGCAGAGAGGUUUGAAAGUGGUACAGAAAGGCACUUAAUUUGAGAGGAAUGUAAUUUGUUUCUCUGGGGAAAAUUUAGAGGGAGCUCAAGAUGACACAUGUAUGUAUGUAUGUGGUAUUUCUUUUUGGGUGCAGCUGACAUUUCUGAUUGAUUACAGGGUUCUUGAAUAAUUUGUCAUAAUUGUACUGCACAUUAGAGUCUUGACAGUUUGAAUAUUAUCACAGGUUUUGCUCAAACAGAGGACUCCUGUGUUCUGGUAACUAAUUUGCUCCCUUAGCUCUCUCUUUCUUUCUUAAAGCCACCCUUAAAUAAUACACUAAAUGUUCAACAAACAGGCUCUAUAAAAAAAAAAACUAGCAUCAUAGAUAUUUUGCACUGUAAUGGUCUUACAUGCUGUAGAGAUUAAAAGAAUAUUGAACACAUGGAGGUAAAGCUCCUGGUUAGAUCAGUCAGUUCUUCUUAUACAGACUCAGUACACUGUCAUGAUUGUCAGCUGGUGUCAGGAUGCCUCUAAGCCUGUGUGUUGAGUUUGUGCCUGCGCGGCUUCUCUGACCUUAUUGGAGCCAGAUGCUGAAAAACUCAGAUUAAAUCAGGUUAAAUAAGUUUAUUUGUGAAGAAAGAAAUGUGCAUAUGUUGUGUGCUUUCAAAUUUUCAAGCCCUGUGUAUGCAUUAUUUUCUUCCAUGUUUCAAUCAUAUACCUGUCUCCUCCUGCCUUUGGUCUGGCAGUAACACCGUCCUGUAAUCAUAACUUUGGGAUCAAGGAUGUUAACGCACAUUAAUAUAUGGAAAUCUGUUGAAAUCUAUGAUGUUCUGAAAAGAUGAAGCCUCCAAAUAAAAUGUUGCCAAAA